UAAGGUCAGAGUCUAAAAUACCUGCCUCACAGACAGCAGCGGAAAGUUUGAUGUUUGGGAGAGAUUUUUGAUUCGGUCCUUCUCUCUGGGAGCAAAAAACAGUAAUUCUUCAUUCCUGAAAAUGUUGUUUUAUCUCUUUCUUCACAGAAAGGUGUCCACCUGGUUAAACACGGUUUGAGUGCUGCCAAACAGUCUCCGAAUAUGAGGAAAAUGAUGUGCCCUUGGCAGUUACUUUUUAAGCCUCAAACCGGUAAAAACGAGUCCCAAGAAGAGAAGGAUAUUAACAAUAACAUGGAAAAAAACACCAGGAACAUUAAAAGUUCAGGAAAACAGGAAGGUGCUGUCGUAAAUGAAUUAUAUAGGAAACUGGACGCCAUCAUGCACAUUGAGACACCGAGGGAAAAACCUGUGCAAAAUAACUCCAGGGAAGCAAUUGGGUGCCUGAGGAACUUAAAAAUUAAAAACUGGGAAAACGGGUCGAGCUUCCAAGAUGUGCUGCACCACCAGGCAAAAGAGGUUCUGAACUGCCGCACCCGCGUUUGUCAGGGAUCUCUCAUGAACCCCCAAAGUUUGGUCAGGGGUCCCCGGGAUGGACCCAUCCCCAAAGAAGAAUUAUUAGUCCAGGCAAAAGAAUUCAUCAGUCAGUUCUAUGACGCAUCUAAAGAGCCACAACCCAACAAACUUGCUCGCUUGGAAGCAGUGGCUGAAGAGAUAGAGACAACAGGAAGCUAUCAGCUGACUGGGGAGGAACUCAACUUUGCGACAAAGCAGGCCUGGAGAAACGCCCCACGAUGUGUUGGGAGAAUCCAGUGGUCCAAUCUGCAGGUGUUUGAUGCUCGUAGUUGUUCCACUGCCAAGGAAAUGUUUGAGCACCUCUGUCGCCAUGUGCAAUAUUCAACAAAUGGAGGAAACAUAAGGUCGGCGAUCACCAUCUUUCCACAGAGAACCGAUGGGAAACAUGAUUUCCGGAUAUGGAACAGCCAGCUCAUCCGAUACGCUGGCUACCAAAUGCCUGAUGGUUCCAUCAUGGGAGAUCCAGCUACUGUGGCAUUCACCGAGCUCUGUAUCCAGCUUGGUUGGAAGCCCAGGUAUGGCCGCUUUGAUGUUCUUCCAUGGAUCCUCCAAGCCAACGGCCAAGACCCAGAACUAUUUGAACUGCCGCCAGAGCUUGUCCUUGAAGUGCCGAUAGAGCAUCCCACAUUCACCUGGUUCAAAGAGCUAGACUUGAAGUGGUACGCACUUCCAGCUGUCUCCAACAUGCUCCUUGAGGUUGGAGGGUUGGAGUUUACUGCUUGUCCCUUUAACGGCUGGUACAUGGCAACUGAGAUCGGGGUACGAGAUUUCUGUGAUGCUCACCGCUACAAUAUCCUGCAGGAUGUUGGGAAGCGGAUGGGCCUUGAAACAAACAAACUGUCCUCGCUGUGGAAGGACAAAGCUGUGAUCGAAGUAAACAUUGCUGUGUUGCACAGUUUUCAGAAACAAAACGUGACCAUCAUGGACCACCAUUCCGCCACGGAGUCUUUCAUGAAGUACAUGCAGAAUGAGUAUCGUCUCCGAGGCGGCUGCCCGGGUGACUGGGUAUGGCUUGUGCCUCCCAUCUCGGGAAGCAUCACCCCUGUGUUCCACCAGGAGAUGUUGAACUACAUCUUGUCGCCUUUCUAUUAUUACCAGGUGGAUGCAUGGAAAACACAUGUCUGGAAAGACGAGAGACGCAAACCAAGAAAAAGAGUGGUCAAGUUCUGCACUUGGGCCAAGGCGGUAUUUUUUGCAUCCUCGCUGAUGCGUAGAGCCGCCGCCACCAGGAUCAAAGUGACCAUCCUGUAUGCGACAGAAACAGGGAAAUCGGAAACCCUGGCCGGCCACCUGGGCGACGUCUUCAACUGUGCCUUCAAUACCAAGAUUACUUGUAUGGACAACUACGAUCCAGGGGACCUUGAGAAGGAAACUCUGCUCCUGGUGGUCACAAGUACCUUUGGAAAUGGUGACUCACCAAGCAACGGAAAAGCACUUCAGAAUUCCCUUCUCUCCAUGAAACAGCUGCAUAACAAAUUCAGAUAUGCCGUCUUUGGCUUGGGCUCAACCAUGUACCCAGACUUUUGUGCCUUCGCCCAUUCUGUGGAUCAAAAGCUCGCACAGCUAGGGGCGUGUCCAAUCGCCUCGAUAGGCCAAGGAGACGAACUCAAUGGUCAGGAGGAAGCAUUUCGUUCCUGGGCUGUUACCACAUUCAAGACUGCCUGUGAAAUUUUUGAUAUCCGCGGAAAGAACACGAUUGUGUUACCAAAAUUUUUCAUUUGUCAUGAAGCCUGGGACCCAAAAGAUUUCAGGAUCGUGUAUGAUUCCCAGCCACUGGAUUUGGGGAAAGCACUCCAUGGCAUCCAUGGGAAAAAUGUCAUUCCAAUGAAGCUUGAAUUUCGACAGAACCUGCAAAGUUCAAAUUCCAGCCGAACCACCGUCCUAAUUAAGCUUUCCUGUGAGGCCAGUCAGGAAACCGCACACCUCCCUGGAGACCAUCUUGGGAUCUUCCCCGAAAACCAAAAGUCCCUCGUGGAUGGCAUCAUUGCUCGUGUGGCGGAUGCACCUCCGUCUGAUGAGAUCAUUCGUCUGGAAACACGGCGGGAUUGUGGCUACUGGACCCCUGACAAAAGGUUUCCAGCGUGCACCUUUGCUCAGGCCUUGAUGCACUUCCUGGACAUCACGACUCCGCCUUCCCAACAACUUCUCAGAGCCCUUUCUCAGUUGGCAAAGGAAGAGAGCGAGAAAGAGCGGCUGGACCUCCUGAGCCACAGCCUGGAGGAGUACAACACAUGGAAGUUUUACAACAGCCCCACACUCUUGGAGGUCUUGGAGGAGUUCCCGUCUGUCCAGGUUUCUCCCUCUUUCUUGCUCUCCCAGCUGCCAUUGCUGAAGCCCCGCUAUUACUCUAUCAGCUCUUCACAAGACCAGGAACCUGGAGAGUUUCAUCUGACGGUCGCCGUGGUCACCUACCGGACCAGAGAUGGAAAAGGGGCACUACAUCACGGAGUAUGCAGCACCUGGCUGAACACCAUCAGCCCAAGGAAGACAAUCCACUGUUUUGUUCGCAGUGCCGAGGACUUCCAACUGCCAAAAGACCCCCAAACACCAUGUAUCCUAAUUGGGCCAGGCACAGGAAUUGCUCCGUUCAGAAGCUUCUGGCAACAACGGCUGUAUGACUUGGAAACAAAAGGAAUCAAAGGAAACGGCAUGAUUCUCUUGUUCGGCUGCCGAAACACCCACCUAGAUCACCUCUACAAAGACGAGAUGCAGGAAAUGCAUCAGAAAGGGGUCCUCCGAGAGGUCUAUACCGCUUACUCCAGAGAGCCUGGCUGUCCCAAGGUUUACGUCCAAGACCUCCUUCGGAGCAAGCUAGAAACAGAGGUGUGCCACAUCCUGCACAAACAAGGCGGUCAUCUUUAUGUCUGCGGUGACAUCCGGAUGGCCAGGGAAGUGGCGAAGGCCCUGAAGGAGAUAUUUGCAAAACUACUGGGCUUGACCAAAGAGCAGGCUGAAGAAUAUUGCUUCCAACUUAAGAGGCAGAAACGGUACCAUGAAGAUAUCUUUGGGGCGGUAUUUCCACAUGAAAGCCAAAAAGCAUCAGAAGAACUGGAACCCAAGACAGAUCCAAGCACCUGGAGAUCUGAAGAAGUGCUAGAAUUUUAGCCAUAACUUCUGCACAUUUGCUCCUGUUCUCUGCCAAAAGCAGGGGCCAAGUUUUGCUUUCCCUCCAAAAUUCGGGUGGGAGGAGCAGAAUUUGGCCUACAGAACACCCCCCUCCCCUUUAAAAACACUGUUUUAUUUAAUUCUAUUUAUUCGUUUAGUUCACAACUAUUUUAUGGGACAUUUACUAGCAGCCAGCCUCUUCCCUUUUUUAUUAUACUUUCUGUUGGACAAAGACUCCUACAUCAUCCAGUAGCGGAACCGUUUACCUUAAUAUUAUCAACUGCAUAAUUCCAAGAAAUCAAACGCUCCUGCUUGCCAGGGCAGUUACGGGCCGGGAUGCUGGGACCGUCCCGCCUGCACAACCUGUCGCACUCCACACCCAGGGCUCACGGGCUGAGCAGGAGUUCUCCCGGGCCGGGCCUUGAAGCUGAGGAUAAAGCCCAUUGCCUUGCUCUGGCCAGAUGUUAAUUAUCGGCUGGUGAGGCUGGAGGAGGAUUUUUUGUACAGUGCUAGAGGUGUUGAACUUGCUGCAUCCUGGCAGCGGGAUUCAGCUCUGGACAAGCUCUCAGAGCGUUGCACCCUAGAAUCUUGGGGUGCUCCUGCAGCUAUCACUGUCCUUCGAUGCCCGAAUUAUCUCCCACCUCCCAGUGCCUCGACCAACCUCAACUUAUUGCCAUCGGCUAGCACAAGUGCAAAUAUUUUGGGCCCCGGUCACUGCCCGCUGGGUUUCUUGGAAUGUGUGGCAUGCGAAGCCUGAGAAUUUCAGCUGCUGCA